AUGCCUGGGAUGGAUCGAUUUCCUCUGAAGUUGAUUAGGUUAGAAGAGAGACUUGCCUGCAAGGUAAGGCUGUUCUGGCACGUUGGUGGGUCAGAAACGCGCAGACGUUGCAGCUGCCGCGUGGACCUAGUUCCAGUUCAUCUGAAAGGGGGACCGGGCAUGGUCAUGAACUCAACUCGCGUCGAGGUCGGUGAUUUGGCAAGAAGCGACGAAACCGGAUUGCGACAGAUAGAGUGGGCGCAUAAGAACCGCGGAAAGCGUGCUCGAGCCUUGAAUGGCAAGUUGCUCGACUCGUCAAACGCACCCGGCCCCAGAGUAAAGCUCGGUCGUGAGGCUGCGUCUCCAAGACCGCCGUUCGGGCUACGUCUCUCUUUCUCUCCUGUCGUGGUCAAUGUUCGGUUUCGGUUGGUAGCAUUCCUUUUUUUUCAGGACAGCAACAUCGUCACCAACGGUGCCAUCAGAUCGAGUAGCGACGAGACAUCGACGUUUUGCCUUUUCGACCAGAAACCGUUCUUCGCUCUUCUCGAAAUUACAGUAACCGAUUGA